AGAAACUCCAACUUGCAGGGAACCGGUUCAAGCCUAUAAGACUGACUGAUCUUUGGAUUCGUCCUGUUUUUGUUGGUUGAGGAAGAAAGAUUCCUGGAGCACUUGAAGCUCAUUUUAAUAGUUUCCGAUAUUCUACCACUAGAGCUGAUGAACGUGUGGAUAUCAUGUACGGAAACAUAAAGCAUGCAUUCUUCCAGCCUGCAGAGAAAGAGAUGAUCACUCUGCUUCACUUUCACCUGCAUAAUCACAUAAUGGUGGGAAACAAGAAAACAAAGGAUGUGCAGUUCGAUGUUGAAGUGAUGGACGUGGUCCAGACAUUGGGAGGGGGGAAAAGGUCUGCCUAUGACCCAGAUGAGAUUGAAGAAGAACAGAGGGAGAGGGACAGGAAGAACAAGAUCAAUAUGGACUUUCAGAGCUUUGUUAAUCGGGUGAAUGAUCUCUGGGGUCAGCCCCAAUUUAACAGGCUUGACCUUGAGUUUGAUCAGCCUCUCAGAGAACUUGGCUUCCAUGGGGUGCCAUACAAGGCCUCAGCUUUCAUUGUGCCAUCCUCCAGCUGUCUGGUUGAGCUGGUAGAGACUCCUUUCCUCAUUGUCACCUUAAGUGAGAUUGAGAUUGUGAACCUAGAGAGAGUUGGUCUUGGGCAGAAAAUUUUUGACAUGACCAUCAUCUUUAAGGACUUUAAGCAAGAUGUGCUUAGGAUUGAUUCCAUCCCCUCAACUUCACUCGAUGCUAUUAAAGAGUGGCUGGACACAACAGACAUAAAGUAUUAUGAGAGCAGGUUGAAUCUGAAUUGGCGGCAGAUAUUGAAGACAAUCACCAAUGACCCACAGAGCUUUAUAGAAAAUGGUGGUUGGGAAUUCUUGAACUUGGAAGCUAGUGAUUCAGAUUCUGAGAACUUAGUAGGGUCAGACCAGGGUUAUGAGCCAUCUGAUAUGGAGUCUGAGUCUGAGUCAGAUGACGAUGACGAUGAUGAUGACUCUGAUAGUGAGUCAUUGGUGGAAUCUGACGAUGAAGAAGAGGAGGACUCUGAAGAAGACUCAGAGGAAGAGAAGGGGGAGACGUGGGAGGAGUUGGAAAGAGAAGCAAGCAAUGCAGAUAGAGAGAAAGGGGAUGAAUCUGACAGUGAGGAGGAGAGAAAAAGAAGAAAGAUUAAGGCUUUUGGGAAAUCUCGUGCUGCCCCCAGUAGCGGUGUUCCAAAGCGUGCCAAGCUAAGAUAGAUUUAGUAGGAUGUCUCUUGAUCUCUUUGUUAAUUUAUUUUUACAGCUGAAAAUGCACGAAUGUAGUAACUAUCUUGGGCUUUGAUAGAACUUAGCUUCUGAUUUUAGUUGGGAUUUAACUAGCUUUACAUUAGGAUCUUGCUGCUGAUUUUUGGGCACGUAGUGUUGAGGCACAAAAUUUUGGUUGUAAAUUUGUCGAAUUAGCUCAGUGGAAGUAAAAGCUCUUAGAUAAC